AUGAUCAACUGGACUUUCUGCCCUCAUACGACCUUUGUGUCAGAGGACAGUAGAAGUGCCAACUUCUUGAGCACUUCAAAAGAGCAAAUCAUGGGACCUCAGCUGUUUAUUUUCUUCUCCCUAGGUGCAUUGUGUUGUAAUCAUUCAAAGGAUAACCAAAUGUGCCGUGACGUAUGUGAACAGAUUUUCUCCUCAAAAAGUGAAUCCCGACUAAAACACCUGUUACAGCGAGCCCCAGAUUAUUGCCCAGAAACAAUGGUUGAAAUUUGGAGUUGUAUGAACUCAUCUUUGCCAGGUGUGUUUAAGAAGUCUGACGGCUGGGUUGGCCUAGGCUGCUGUGAACUGGCUAUUGCCUUGGAGUGUCGACAGGCAUGCAAGCAGGCAUCUUCAAAGAAUGACAUUUCUAAAGUUUGCAGAAAAGAAUAUGAGAAUGCUCUUUUCAGUUGCAUUAGCAGAAAUGAAAUGGGUUCGGUGUGUUGCAGUUAUGCAGGUCAUCACACAAACUGCCGGGAAUACUGUCAAGCCAUUUUUCGAACAGACUCUUCUCCUGGUCCGUCCCAGAUCAAAGCAGUGGAAAAUUAUUGUGCCUCUAUUAGUCCACAACUAAUACACUGUGUGAACAAUUACACCCAGUCUUAUCCAAUGAGGAACCCAACAGAUAGUCUAUAUUGCUGUGACAGAGCUGAACACCAUGCUUGCCAAAAUGCCUGCAAGAGAAUUCUGAUGUCUAAGAAAACAGAAAUGGAGAUUGUUGAUGGUCUCAUUGAGGGUUGUAAGACCCAGCCCUUGCCUCAAGAUCCUCUUUGGCAGUGUUUUCUUGAAAGUUCACAAUCUGUUCACCCUGGAGUCACUGCACACCCUCCUCCCUCUACAGGCCUUGACGGGGCUAAAUUGCAUUGUUGUUCUAAAGCAAACACUUCAACAUGUAGGGAACUGUGCACUAAACUAUACAGCAUGAGCUGGGGCAAUACACAGAGCUGGCAAGAGUUUGAUCGCUUUUGUGAGUAUAAUCCAGUGGAAGUGUCCAUGUUGACCUGCCUAGCAGAUGUCCGGGAACCUUGCCAACUGGGCUGUAGAAACCUAACUUACUGUACUAAUUUUAACAACAGGCCGACAGAACUUUUCAGGAGUUGUAAUGCUCAGUCAGAUCAAGGAGCCAUGAAUGACAUGAAGCUGUGGGAGAAAGGAAGCAUAAAGAUGCCCUUUAUCAACAUACCUGUUCUUGAUAUUAAGAAGUGCCAGCCAGAAAUGUGGAAGGCAGUAGCUUGUUCACUGCAGAUUAAACCGUGUCAUAGCAAAUCCCGAGGAAGUAUUAUUUGCAAAUCAGAUUGUGUAGAGAUUCUCAAAAAAUGUGGAGACCAGAACAAAUUCCCUGAAGACCACACAGCUGAAAGUAUUUGUGAGCUUCUGUCCCCUACAGAUGACCUAGAGAACUGCAUACCUUUGGAUACGUACCUCAGACCAAGUACUUUAGGUAACAUUGUAGAAGAAGUGACUCAUCCCUGUAACCCAAAUCCUUGCCCGGCCAAUGAGCUCUGUGAAGUCAACCGAAAAGGGUGUCCAUCUGGAGACCCCUGCCUUCCAUACUCUUGUGUUCAAGGGUGCAAAUUGGGAGAAGCUUCUGAUUUCAUCGUCCGUCAAGGGACACUAAUCCAAGUGCCAUCAUCUGCCGGGGAAGUUGGUUGUUAUAAAAUCUGUUCUUGUGGACAAAGCGGCCUCCUAGAAAAUUGUAUGGAGAUGCAUUGUGUAGACCUCCAGAAGUCUUGUAUUGUUGGAGGGAAAAGAAAAAGCCAUGGAACAUCCUUUAAUAUCGACUGCAACGUCUGCUCUUGUUUUGCUGGUAACUUGGUGUGUUCCCCCCGCCUCUGCCUCAGUGAGCACAGUUCGGAAGAUGACCGUCGCACUUUCACAGGUCUGCCCUGUAACUGUGCAGAUCAGUUUGUCCCCGUGUGUGGGCAGAAUGGACGCACUUACCCCAGUGCCUGCAUUGCUCGCUGUGUGGGCCUCCAAGACCAUCAGUUUGAGUUUGGAUCGUGCAUCUCAAAGGAUCCAUGUAAUCCUAACCCCUGCCAGAAAAACCAAAGAUGCAUACCCAGGCCUCAAGUCUGCCUGACGACUUUUGAUAAAUUUGGAUGCAGCCAAUAUGAAUGUGUGCCAAGACAGCUUGCCUGUGACCAGGCCCGCGAUCCUGUUUGUGACACAGACCACGUGGAGCACGGCAAUCUCUGCACUUUAUACCAAAGAGGAAAAAGCCUCUCUUACAAAGGCCCAUGCCAGCCCUUCUGCAGGGCCUCAGAGCCCAUCUGCGGGCACAACGGCGAGACCUAUAGUAGCGUGUGUGCUGCCUACUCAGAUCGGGUGGCAGUCGAUUACCAUGGGCCCUGCCAGGCUGUCGGGGUCCUCUCAGAGUACAAUUCUGCCACCGAGUGUGCUGCUGUGAAGUGUCCCUUGCUCUCAGCGACUGGGUGCAAGCCCAUCAUCCCACCAGGUGCUUGUUGCCCGUUGUGUGCUGGGAUGUUAAGAGUUCUGUAUGACAAAGAAAAACUGGAUACUAUUGCUAAGGUAACAAACAAAAAGCCGAUAACAGUUCUGGAUAUACUUCAAAAAAUCCGCAUGCACGUGUCUGUACCCCAGUGUGAUGUGUUUGGGUACUUGAGCAUCGAGUCUGAAAUUGUGAUCCUGAUCAUUCCUGUUGAUCAUCAUCCAAAAGCUUUGCAGAUUGAAGCCUGCAAUAAAGAAGCAGAGAAGAUCGAAUCCCUCAUCAACUCCGACAGCCCUACGCUGGCAUCCCACGUCCCCCUGUCCGCCCUCAUCAUUUCCCAGGUACAGAUCUCCAGCAGUCUGCCAUCAGCUGCCAUUGGGGCCGGGCCUCCCUGCCACUCCUUCCUCCUCCUUCUCAGCCUGGGCCUUGCCCUGCACUUGCUCUGGACACAGGUGUGGAACGUGACAGGUGCAGAAUGUUCCUCAGCCUAACUUCCUGCCUUGCGAGAGACAUUACAAACCAGGACCGCUGGUUUGUAGUUGAAUAGUGGCCAAGUAAAAGCACAUGUCACCUCUAUUCACCACAAAGUAUUUUUUAAUCUGCCAAUAUCAGUAGGGUCUUUGUUUUGUUUUUGUAAGUGUUAAAAUAUGUUCUUCCAAAAACUAGUGAAAAGAGGAUGUCUCUUUCUGGUGGAUUGCUGCCUUAUGAUUGGCUUUGUACUCAUUGGAUGGGUCCUCCGUUCUAGCACAGAUUUAAUAUCACUGGUAAGUGAGAAGAUCACUUUUUAAUAAGAUAAUUCACUUUACUCUGGGGUUCAUAUCACAGAAACUUCAUUUUAGAGUUCCGUUAAAUAUUGGUUCUUCUUGUAUUUAUUUUUGUUUACAGAUAAUUACCUACUCUAGCUAAAAGCCAGGGUUCCCAGUGAAGAGUCACUGCUACUAGGGCGUAUGAAGUAAAGAAAAAGCAUAUGUGAAAUUAUCAUGUAAAUUGUUGGGAAAUUUAAAUUAGUU